UUUAACUUAUUUUCGUGAUCCGUGUCAAUUUUUUCUUAAACCGUAACGAUUCUUUUCACAUUCUAGCUGAUUUUCCUAAAUUCUACAUAGAUUCAAACUUCGUUGAUUUGCCUCGCAUAGUAUAGGCCGUGUUUACUCGUGUUCGUCACUUGGCCCCGUUCUGAGUUCUAUUGGGUAUAGGAAAUGGUGGGAAAUGGUAGUAACAAACAGUAACAGCAGCAGCAGCAGCAGCAGCAGUAGCAGUAGUUAUUUGAUCCAAUCGCAUUGCUCGCGCAACGAGUCUCUGCCUCUGCUACUAUCCGCGGUGGUAUCCGAUUGCACUGCAUCGCGAGCUUAGGCCGUUCGGGCGAUUUAAUUUUUAAGGGGUAGGGACAAGGAAAUCGUGUUCGUGUUGUGUUCGUGUUCGUGUUCGUGUUCGUGACUCAGAGUGAGCGUCCACUGCCAUCGAACUAGUAACUACACGAAGGAGGAGUAAGGUGGAGACGGAUAGUGCUUGUUGGCUCUCGCUUCCCGUACAAUUUUUCGGUGGAAAAGUAGUGUGAACAAUGGCACGUACCAAGCAGACGGCUCGUAAAUCGACGGGAGGCAAGGCGCCUCGUAAACAGCUAGCCACAAAGGCAGCGCGUAAGAGUGCCCCAUCCACUGGUGGCGUGAAAAAACCACACAGAUACAGGCCUGGUACAGUCGCUCUCCGAGAAAUUAGGAGAUACCAGAAAUCAACCGAGUUGUUGAUCAGAAAGUUACCUUUCCAAAGAUUGGUACGUGAAAUCGCGCAGGACUUCAAAACUGACCUGCGUUUCCAAAGCGCAGCCAUUGGAGCUUUGCAGGAAGCUUCGGAAGCCUAUCUGGUCGGUCUUUUCGAGGACACAAACUUGUGCGCCAUCCACGCGAAACGCGUGACGAUCAUGCCCAAGGAUAUCCAGCUUGCCCGACGAAUCCGUGGAGAACGCGCUUAAAUACCAUGUAACUCCCAUUUCCAUUUCCCACUAUUAUUAUUAUUAUUAUUAUUACUAUUAUUACUAUUCUUACUACGUUUACUAGAAUUGUCAUUUAUAAAGAUCGUGGAUGAAAAAAUCGUUUCAUUCCAAUCUGUGUGUUGCAUCGUACUGUUCGCAACAAAUAUUACGGUACAAUAUCAUCGUCAAUUGCUGUUCUGUAGGGUACGGAAGUUGGACGGAAAGUUUAAGUUUCGAGUUAAUAUUUCUAAUAUAAUGUGUCGUGAAAGAGAAUCAAUCAACUCCUUUCCACACCGUUUUCAUCUUUCUUACUUUUUUGACUUCAAGAGAAAAACGGAAUCGAAAUGUGAAGGAUCAUAAAAAUCAUUCUUCGAAAGAUUGAAGAACUUUAGUUUUUUUCCUCAACGUUAUGAUAUGUGAUAGACGUCGUUAUCCGCUGUUAUUGGUUCGAUGAUACUUGAUGAGGUAGCUGAAUGUGUGUUAGACAUUAAGGCAGCUUCUUCUUUAUAUUUAGGAAUUCGAUGUAGCCGCGUAUCAUUCACGAUAGAAUUAUUUUUAUUUCACGAAGACGGUUACACAAAGUAUCGUCGUCGAUCAGUAUCACAAGUAUUCAUCAUUCGUGUAAAGAUAAACGUUUCGUAAAUAAAUCUAAAUAAUACCAACUUA